GCGGACUCAGUCAGAGGCACCCUGCGGUAUCUGCUUUCCGGAGCACAGCGGAGCCUGGUCCCGGGCUGCUCCCGGAGCGGGCCAUGCCCCCGCGGGAGCUGAGCGAGGCCGAGUCGUCCCCGCUCCGGGCCCCGACCCCUCCGCCGCGGCGGGGCAGCGCACCCCCGGAGCUGGGCAUCAAGUGCGUGCUGGUGGGCGACGGCGCCGUGGGCAAGAGCAGCCUCAUCGUCAGCUACACCUGCAAUGGGUACCCCGCGCGCUACCGGCCCACAGCGCUGGACACCUUCUCCGUGCAAGUCCUGGUGGAUGGAGCGCCGGUGCGCAUUGAGCUCUGGGACACAGCGGGACAGGAAGAUUUUGACCGCCUUCGCUCCCUCUGCUACCCGGAUACCGAUGUCUUCCUGGCCUGCUUCAGCGUGGUGCAGCCCAGCUCUUUCCAGAACAUCACAGAGAAAUGGCUGCCGGAGAUCCGCACUCACAACCCCCAGGCACCCGUGCUGCUGGUGGGUACGCAGGCCGACCUGAGGGACGAUGUCAAUGUACUGAUUCAGCUGGACCAGGGGGGCCGGGAGGGCCCCGUGCCCCAACCCCAGGCUCAGGGUCUAGCCGAGAAAAUCCGAGCCUCCUGCUACCUCGAGUGCUCCGCCUUGACGCAGAAGAACUUGAAAGAGGUGUUUGACUCGGCUAUUCUCAGUGCCAUUGAACACAAAGCACGGCUGGAGAAGAAACUGAAUGCCAAAGGUGUUCGUACCCUUUCCCGCUGCCGCUGGAAGAAGUUCUUUUGCUUUGUUUGAACAGCCAUGGCAGCUAGGGAGCAGUAGGCCUAAGACCACAGACUUCUGGAAACUGGAGCCUUUGAGGAGGGUACUGGCAGGGCCAGGCCGCCCCAUGGGAUUCAGUUCCCAUCUGAACACUGUGAGGACACAGGCCUCUAACUGCCCACUCUCAUAUGCAAGGGGCUGUGAUUUGGAUCUCUGGUCAAGGCUCACAGAGAAAUCCCAGCACUUGGAUUUUCGUGGGGUGGUCCUAACAGUGCCAGCCACCUCCACGCAGUUAGGGAUCCAAUUCCUAGUUUCUUACCAUGAGCCCUCAGGUCAGCCUGGCUGAAUUAGGACCCCUUGUGGUGGUCCCCGCCUUGCCACAGGGCGGG